ACAUAAUGAUCUGGAAUAGACGAGACUAAAGAGUGCCUAAUAAAAAUGCGACCAAAGAACUGGAGAUCCAGUGAAAUCUUAAAGCAGUAAUAAAUACGGUCAUCUUCAUUUAUCUUUGAAAUAAGCUAUAGCCAGUAAGCCUAUGAACGAUUCAUUAAUCCAACCUGGCCCCAAAGGGAGGGGAAUGCCACCCAGCGGUCCUGUUCAAACAAGCGUACCACAAAGGUGGGCGGAUGAAAAUGUCCCCCCUCUGCCAAUGGCAAAGCAAUGAGACAAGACAGGCACUUCUAUGCAACCCGAAAUCCCCAAAUCACUAGUACUCCACGUCCGGGACCUCACUAAAACAGCUCCUAUAGCCAAGAGAUGACGGAUCCUGUCUCCGCGCCCGCAGCUAACGCAAGGUCCGGAAAGCGUGGAGCAGCGUAACGGCAGGAGCUCCAUCGACCAGCACGAGGAACACGGCGCGUCUGCUGCCACAAACUUUGAAAUCUAGAAGGAAUUACAUGUUUAUUUCUUUGCUUCGCUAAAGCAGACAGCGGCGAUUUUAUUCAAUGUCACCAUGCGCGUCAUCUCAUCUUGCGAUGCUCUGCUGUCAGUCUACUACCCGCAGAUCUUCCUCAUCCUCACGAGCGGCAGCUACCUGGCUCUGUCCUCCGUGGUGGCUCUGGGUGCAAACAUCAUCUGCAACAAGAUCCCCGGCCUGGCUCCCCGACAGCGAGCCAUCUGCCAGAGCCGCCCUGACGCCAUCAUCGUCAUCGGCGAAGGCGCUCAGAUGGGCAUCAAUGAAUGCCAGUACCAGUUCCGCUAUGGCCGCUGGAACUGCUCCGCCCUCGGCGAGAAGACCGUCUUCGGACAAGAGCUGCGAGUUGGCAGCAAGGAGGCAGCGUUCACCUAUGCCAUCACAGCGGCAGGGGUGGCCCAUGCUGUCGCCGCUGCCUGCAGCCAUGGCAACCUGAGCCACUGUGGCUGUGACGGAGAGAAGCAGGGCUACCAUGACCAGCAGGAGGGCUGGAGGUGGGGUGGCUGCUCUACUGACGUCAAGUACGGUGUCGAGCUCUCCAGGCGCUUCGUAGACGCGCGCGAGGUUAAAAAAAACGCCCGGAGGCUGAUGAACCUGCACAACAACGAGGCAGGCCGAAAGGUCCUGGAGGAGCGCAUGAAGCUGGAGUGCAAGUGCCAUGGCGUGUCGGGCUCCUGCACCACCAAGACCUGCUGGACAACACUGCCUAAGUUCCGGGAGGUGGGCUACGCUCUGAAGGAGCGCUACGGCACCGCCCUGCAGGUGGAGGUGGUGCGGGCCACACGCCUCCGUCAGCCUUCCUUCCUGCGGCUCAAGCAGUCACACGGCUACAUCAAGCCCACCGAGAUGGACCUGGUGUACCUGGAGCGCUCGCCCAACUACUGCGAGGAGGACGUGGCCACGGGCAGCGCGGGCACGCGGGGUCGCUUCUGCAACCACACGUCGCCGCACACCGACGCCUGCCACCUCAUGUGCUGCGGCCGGGGGCACGACACGCGCCAGGACACACGCGUGUGGCAGUGCAACUGCAAGUUCCAGUGGUGCUGCUUCGUCAAGUGCAACACGUGCAGUGAGAACAUGCAGGUGUUCACCUGCAAAUGAGGGUCAGGUGUAGGCUACUGGAAAGGAAGCGCCGGGAGGCAGGAUUGGAACUGGGAAUCACCUUGCUAUUUCAGUUUUGCACAUCGGGCACUCUUUAAUGGGGGAAGGGCACAAAAGUAAAAAAGAUUCUUUAGUGAAAUACAAAUAUGCACUGAUUGUAAUCGGACUCCUAGAAGGAUUUUAUGCCGUAUGUGGGAAAACAAUGGGAGCAUGUACAAUGACAGAGAUCUGGAAGUUCCUGAGUCUUCUGAGACUCAAGGAAGAGCUUUUCUUAGGGACCCAAUACUUACUGCUGACAGUAUUGUCAGAUCGACACGCCACUAUGCCAGGAGCAGAAACUGACAAAAGGGACGAGAAAACAAUGAACAUCCCAAAAAAAAGUUGCCAAAUGCUAUGUGGAAAGCUGGGUAGCAGGAGGAGGCCAUUUUCUGCAUAAAAUGCUGGAACACUUCAAAUGUUCAGGUCACACUGUAUCUGUUUGAACACUGAAAAUGACUGCCUUUCUAUUUCUUGUCCUUUGGAAAGAAAAGUGUUAGUGCAUAAAUGUCUCAUACAGACCCUGUUGAGGCAAUUUUUCUUUUACAACUCUGAAAAUGAUUGCUACUGAUAUGUUGCUGUUGUAUUUCCGUAUCUCAUUCUACACCACAGCAGACAAAGAAACCAGGCGUGUCAGACUCAGAGUUCGCUGCAUCAGGCAAGUAUUUCUCUUCUCUGCUUUUCCUAUGUAGCUCUCUGAUAGAA